AUGAUACUGCGCCUCGUCCUUUGAUAGGCUGCACCACACGCCUACGCAAGUGACGUCGCAUUUCUUCCUCAACGCAGCUGUUCCAUCCUCCCUCUAGCGGUCGAGAGAGGGAAUCAAGGCACACGUCCUGUCCACGAUUAGUACUAAAGUUUCUUAAAGGGCGAGGUCUCUCCCAUGCUGUUCCGUUUCGGGGUGAUCGUGCCCGCCAGGCUGGCAGAAGGCGGCACGGCGCUGUGUCUAUCAGGCUCCCACCCGGAGCUGGGUCACUGGGACCCCCAUCACGCAUUGACCAUGAAACCGGCACGGCCAUUGGCUCCUCUGCCUGCUCAAGAACCCGUGCUGUGGCUCACGGAGGUGACCCUUCCCGCAGAGGAGUCCGCGUGCACGUUCUGGUACAAGUUCCUCAGGCGGCACGAGACAGGAGAGGCAGUCUGGGAAGGCAAUGGGCCUCACCAUGAUCGAUGCAGUGUUUAUAACCCAAGCAACUUGGUUGAUGGAGUUUAUUGCCUCCCAAUAGGGCACUGGAUUGAAGUUUCUGGACAUACUGAUGAGAUGAAACAUACAACUGACUUUUAUUUUAAUAUAGCUGGACAUCAAGCUAUUCACUACUCCAGAAUUUUGCCAAAUCUAUGGCUGGGAAGCUGCCCUCGUCAAGUGGAGCAUGUGACUGUGAAGCUAAAACAUGAGUUGGGUAUUACAGCUAUAAUGAACUUCCAGACCGAAUGGGAUAUUGUUCAGAAUUCCUGGGGAUGUAACCGCUAUCCAGAACCUAUGACCCCAGAGGUUCUCAUGAAGCUGUACAAAGAAGAAGGCCUUGCUUAUGUCUGGAUGCCAACACCAGACAUGAGUACAGAAGGUAGAGUGCAGAUGUUGCCUCAAGCUGUCUGUCUCCUACAUGGGCUGCUGGAAAAUGGGCAUGCUGUCUAUGUUCAUUGCAAUGCAGGAGUUGGCAGGUCCACAGCUGCAGUUUGUGGCUGGUUAAAAUAUGUGUUGGGAUGGAAUUUGAGGAAAGUGCAGUAUUUUGUGGCUUCCAGAAGAGCAGCUGUCUACAUUGAUGAAGAGGCUCUUGUACGUGCUGAGGAAGAUUUCUUUCAGAAAUUUGGACCUCUUCGCUCCUCAUGCAAGCCUUAACAGGAAAAGAAAAAAAAAGGAAAUCAGUAGAGGUGCUGUCAAACCCAAGCACUUGACAAAUCAUUGAUCUGGCUCCCAAAGUGCCUGAAGAAAAGAAUAAAUCAUUGUUACUCAUAAGAACAAGAAGCAUGAUAUACCAUCUGAAUGCAUGCUUCACAUUUUUAUUUUUCCUGAAACAAUUUAAGCACAGGGGCUUUAAUUCAACUGUGUGUGUAUGCAGAGCCAGGGCAAUGCAUGAGUGGGGAGUUCUCUCAUUUGUUUGUGAUACAUGACUAGAAUUUGAUCUUACAACAUAUGUAAUGAUUUAGAUUUUUAACUUCUAAAACU